AUGCUGGCGAAGCUUGACCAGUCCACACCGUUACGAGUUUUGAUCACGAGCCGAGAGACUCCUAAAUUGGCCAACCAUUUCUCAAGUCUCGGCACUCAUCGAUUUCAGCAUGAAAAGAUCUCGACAGCGGAUACUCUGCCUGACAUCAAGCUUUUGGUUGAGGCGAAGGCGAAGUCUAUAACUUUGAAAGACGACAAGGAUCGUGCUACAUUGGUAGAAAAGAUACUGGCGAAAUCGGAAGGAUCUUUCCUGUGGACCGUCUUGGUCAUUAGUGAAUUGUCCAAUUCCUACGGUGAGCAAGAAAUGAGCAAAGCUCUCGAGGAGAUUCCUAAGGAUAUGGAACCCUUAUACCAUAGGACACUGGAAUUGAUGACGCAAGCCCCGGGUGGGAAGAGACUCGCUAAAGCUAUUCUCACCUGGACAACAUGUGCAACAAGGCCAAUGACAAUGAAGGAGCUUGAAGGCGCUCUGACAUUGGACAUCAAGGAUAAUUUUCCUAAACUUGAGGAGUGUAUCCAGGUACUUUUUGGCCACUUUGUGAAUGUUGAUAAGUUCGGCAAGGCGCAGAUGGUGCAUGGAACGGCCAGAGAAUUCCUAUUGAGCGAUGACUUGGAAUCCGAAUUCGCUGUCAACAAAACGGAAGCACACAAGAGGCUUGCUAGAGCAUGUCUCACGUAUCUCACGGGGGAGGAGAUGAGACCUCCUCGGACCGGCAGACGUGGUUCUGCCUUGGACAUCGCGGGCAAAAGGGCCAAAUUUUCAAUUUACGCCUGUAGCGCAUUCUCGUAUCAUCUAGCCAGGGCUAGCCCCUUUGCCAACGAUGUCCUCUUUCUUGUCGACAAAUUCUUUGAAGGCAAAUGUCCUGUCAUGGAUCGAAUUCGUUGCCCGAACACAUAA